ACAAGACUGACGAGACACAGUCGCAUUGUCACUGCUGUGCAGACCAGACUCGCAUACGAUGUUGAAAUGCUGAGCCCGCCAUCUCUGAAGAACGUCACAGAGGGGCUUCGCAACAACAGCAUAUCCAUGGUACGCUGUUACGAGCGCAACAGUGACUUUCACUUCGAGUUGCAAGAGCGAAUCCACGUCACUAUCCCUGACGGAGGGGAUCCAACUUGUUCGACUUGCCCAACCAACGAACGUCGCGCUUGUCGACACAUCUGGUGGGUGGAUGAUCAGAUUCUGAGCACUGCUGUGCCACCUGAAGCCAGAUCUCGCUUCAAGUACCAAAUCUCUCGUAACGGGGAGGCUGUCCGUGAGGCUGAGGCUGAGGAUGGGGAGACUCUGAUCUUCCACAGUUGGUUGCAAGAGAAGGGUCUUGGAAACCUAGCUCGGCGUGCAGGUUGGUGGAAGCAAGACCCUAUGGAUCAACAAGAUACCAGAUUGGUUGAGCAAACCGCUACCCAUAUCUUAUCGGCUUUUGAGCCUUGCGGAGUGCUUUCCAAACAGCAUGGUCAGGACAACUUUGAGAUAUUGCAGCAGGAGUCACACGAUGGCAACCUCGAUGCCACCGCUGAAGCCCUGCGCGUCGAGAUUGACCGCAUGCGUUCUUUCAUCAUGAACCAUGGUCAGAAGAAGAUGUCCAUCCCUCUCCAAACCAGAAUUGCUGGAAUCUUGCUGUACACUCUGGAGCAGUUGGUCCAAUAUGCCGGAGAUAUCCAGACUAACGCUGCUGUAUCCAUUCCGCAAUACUCUGGUCUGAGUCUCCAGGACAGAAGUUUGCUCCACAAGAUGAUCGAUCGCAACUCCCCAAUCGUCUUUGUGCUGCCCGUGCUCGACCUUCUUGAUUCGAAAGUCCUGUACGGUGACAUGAUUCAGGAAAGGGUCGAAGUCCUGGCAAACGGACUAAGAGAGGGUGAAGAACCCUGCCCGGCAGAAUACAUCCGGUUGUUGGAACGUGUUGUUGGACUUGUCGAGUGA